AUGGCCAUGUACCAAGGAGAGAUGGGCCUGAAUGGCCUGCCAACGCAACAACAACUCGACCUCAGCAGCAUGCCGAUGAUGAACAUGGACAUGGACAUGGACCUGUCGCUCGACGGUGCUGACGCGAACAAUGCCGCUGGCUUCGCAGCCUUUCCGAACCAGAUGCAGUCCAAUGUAGCUGCCAGUAGCACUGCCAGCGAUGCGGGUGGGUACUCCAUGGCCCAGGAGAUCAGUCUGUCGGGCGCGGGUGCUGGGCCACUGCCUACAGGGUUCGGUGCGCCCAGUAUGAACCCGUCUGGCAGCACCCUGACCGAGUUCACCAAACGGCGGAACUGGUCGCAGCGCGUGCUGGAGGAGCUGCGUGAUCUGCUGCACAUAUUGACGCCUGACGGCAGAAUACUGUACAUGUCGCCGUCGUGCAAGGCGCUGACCGGCUGGGACCCUUCACAGCUGACGGGUCGCUUCAUCAACGAUUUCAUCCAUCCCGACGAUAUUGGCAUAUUCGUCAAAGAGUUCAACGAGUCGAUAGCGUCUGGAAACCCGCUGCGGUUCUUCUACCGCUUCCGCAAGAUCGACGACUCGUGUAUCAUUUUCGAAUCCCACGGCCACCCACAUCUGAGCAGCGACUCCAGCUCUUUUGCGCCGCCAAAUGCGCUCAACUGCCGCGGCUUCUUCCUCAUGGCGCGUCCAUAUCCGACCAAGAAUGCCGCCCUCCUCGACUCCUUCCUCGAACACAAAAUAGAAAACGAGCGGCUGACCAAGCGAAUAGCCGAGCUUAAGCGCGAGGAGCAGGACGAGAAUGAUGAAUGGACAAGGAAGACGGAAGGCGCGUCCCAGUCGGAAACACCGACACAACCCACCCAGAGCAUCGCGCCGAGUGAUGCUGCAUCAUACGCGCAAAUGCCGCCGCCAGCCAAGCCUGUAAUAUCAAAUACUGCGCUUACGCGGCAGAAUCUCGACGAGGCACUAGCUGCAACAAAGCAAGACAGUAUCAACGACAAGAUGGCUAGAUAUGAAGGCGCAAACCAUCUGGAGACGAUUGAAAUGCUCACCGGACUGCGCUACCGAGAUGGCGAGCGCUCACAAGGUAUCAGCACUGGUGACGCAAGUCCGAACCUCAUACGUGGCGAUGCUGGCAUACAAAUCUCGGCGGACCGAGACGGGCGCGGGUCAUCCGACAAAAAGAAGAAACUCAAGAUCGCGGACGAGUAUGUGUGUACCGACUGUGGCACUCUCGACUCACCCGAAUGGCGCAAAGGGCCUAGUGGUCCGAAGACGCUGUGUAAUGCGUGCGGGUUGCGAUGGGCGAAGAAAGAAAAGAAGCGACAAGGCCCCAGUAGCAGCACGCCAGGGUCUGGCUGGCUUGCCUUCAUGCCCACCAUGUUCCUUAGCAUCGAACCAGGCCUAGAGUGGCAGGAUGUGCCGCGCCGACGAAAGUACCCGGAGAUAGGUUACUCACGAUACAAGGUACUGUGCGUGAAGCUCGAGGCUAGAGGCCACUAG